AUGAUCAGAGCUGCUGCUAGCUGUUUCCUGUGCAUCAUCAUUCUCACGAUCCUCUUCUUCGAGGGUUGUUGCGCUUUUGCAUCGGUCAAGGGCAACGAGAGUAGGGAGCCGUACAAAAUCCUUGCCGUGUGCACAGGAAACACUUGCAGAAGUCCAAUGAUGAUGGUGCUUCUGAGAAGAGAGAUCAAGAAGAUGAACUUGUCCUCUGUGCACGUCGAGAGUGCAGGGAUAGGAGAGAAGGCUGGGUGGAAACGCCAUGCCAGCCCCAACGCCCUCGCGCUUUUCCCAUCGGAACUUUCAGAGCACAGGAGCGCUCAUGUGUCUUCAAAGCUGGUGACGAGUUUUCAGCGGGUCUUGUGCAUGGAGAACAAGCACGCGUCCUACGUCAGAGAGCAAUGUCUGCGGGAGACCAACAAUGGCACGAGAGACGACAUCCAACACCUGUCUCUGGACUCACAGGGCAAGCAGGACGUCAAGUCAGACCCGUGCAUGCGAAGAGUACGUGUGUUUCCGGGAGAGCUGGAGGAUCCUUUCGGAAAGAGCCUCGAGGAAUAUCAGAAUUGUUCUCACAAGCUCCAGCAGUGGGCAAGAGAGAUCAUGCGGGAGGUCUCACAGGAGAUGGAGGUUGAGCAAAACACAGGAUAG